CGCCUGCGCCGUCAUUGUCACGGGAAGUGACGUCGCUCGCAAGGCCCGCGCCCGUUCUUGCCUGGCUCCCCUUUCUCUUCGGAGCGGCGCAGAUUUAUAAAAAAAAAUUCAAUUAUAUUCUAAACAUGUCGCUGGAGACAGUACCGAAGGAUCUUAGGCAGCUGCGGGCGUGCUUGUUGUGCUCGCUGGUGAAGACCAUUGACAAGUUCGAGUACGACGGUUGCGACAACUGCGACACGUACCUGCAGCUGAAGGGGAACCGCGAGGCCGUCUACGACUGCACGAGUUCGUCGUUUGACGGAGUCAUUUGCAUGAUGAGCCCUAAAGACAGCUGGGUGGCCAAGUGGCAGAGGGUUGACAACUUCAAGCCGGGCGUUUACGCCAUUUCCGUGACGGGGCGCCUCCCUCUCUCAAUUGUGCGGGAGCUAAAGAGCCGAGGGAUCGUGUACAGGUCCCGCGACACCUCCACCAAGGCUUAAGUGCCGUGCCGAUGGUCGACAAUGCCACAGCCAACUCGCAGCAAGACCCCAUUAUCUUCGGUCUUUACCUCCCUCACCAAUAACAUCCGGAUCACGCUGUUGAACGACACCCGUGUCUUUUAAGGGACUCGUGAUGCAGCCACGCGUGCAUUGGUUUCGUACACUCAUCAAAUGUGGUUAACGAGCUUGGUGUCAUGGCCCAACCAUCGUGUGUAGAUUCUACGCGACUCGGAGUAGCGAUGACAAGCUUGAGGUAGAAAUUGUACGCAAGACAACGCAGUUUUUUUUUGCCGGUUAACAGCAUCGUUCUUUUAUUCGUGAGAUUUUUGUGUAUUCAUCAGGUUGUGUAACCGGCGUUAAUAAAAGUAUCUUUUCAAAACCA